AAUUUUUCUCCUGUUUAAUCAAAAAUUGUGACCGGUAAUCUGGUACAUCUCCUAUUUAUCAUAAUCUCUUUUUAAAAACUCUGUAACUGUUUCUCUCUUCUAAAAUUAGUACACUCCUAUUGCAUAAACGAAACUCUGUUAAAGACCCUCGGUUGACGAUUCACCAGAAACCACCGUAAAGUGUCAAUUCAAACCCUAGAUACCGCUAAUUCACCCUCAGUUGAUCUCUCUGUUCAUCAAUGGACGGUCCGAUCGUCUCCGGCCAACCUCAAACACAGCAGCAACAACCAGAAGCAACCGCAAAGCCAGUAGAAAGACUAAACCACGCCGUACAACAACAACUUAAUCUAGAAUCAGUUAAAACCAGAGCCAUUAGUUUAUUCAAAGCUAUUUCUCGCAUCCUUGAAGAUUUUGAUCUCAUUGCUCGCACUAAUGCCGUCCCUAAAUGGCAAGAUGUAUUAGGUCAAUUUUCUAUGGUGAACCUUGAGCUGUAUAAUAUUGUUGAAGAUAUUAAAAAGGUAUCGAGAGUGUUCGUUGUUCAUCCGAAGAAUGUCAAUGCUGAAAAUGCUGCCAUUUUGCCUGUAAUGAUUUCGUCAAAGCUAUUGCCGGAGAUAGAAGCGGAUGACAAUUCCAAAAGAGAGCAGUUACUGUAUGCGAUGCAGAAUCUGUCUGUUCCGGCACAGAUUGAGAAGUUAAAGGCUAGAAUUGACAUGAUCGGAGCAGCUUGUGAAAGUGCUGAAAAAGUCAUUGCUGAUACUCGGAAAACAUACUUCGGUACUCGACAGGGCCCCACCAAUAUCAUGAAUAUAGAUAAGGCUCAAGCUGCAAAGAUUCAAGAACAGGAAAAUUUACUGAGACAUGCUGUUAACCAUGGACAAGGUUUACGUAUACCGAUGGAUCAAAGGCAGGUCACGUCAGCUCUUCCUGCUCACCUGAUGGAUGUGCUCCCAGUAGGUGACAGUGUUCAGACUAUUUCCGAGUCACCUGGGAUGUACAUGAAGAACACUCCUCCCAUGGUUUCAAAUGCUGUAAACAACCAAGGAGCAUUCAUGCAGGGUUCUGGAUCACAACUUAUGGGAAGAUCGGCUGCUUCUCCUGGUGGUGCUGGGAUAUCUUCCUUCGAUAACACAACAGCCUCCCCACUGCCAUAUGCAAACUCACCCAGGUCUGCCACCAACAUGAUGAAUACACCCUCUCCGCAACAACAAAGUCAGCAACAACAACAACAACAACAACAACAACAACAACAACAAAGGCAGCGGUUGAUGCAAUUACCAUCACAUCAGCAGCAACUUUAUGCUCAAAAUCUCCGACAAUCUCAAAUGACUGGAUUAGGGCAGUUACAUGGUCAAAAUCAAAUGCAAUUUUCUCAGUCAUUGGGGGGCCAACAAUUCCAAGGGAGGCAGCUAGCUACUGGAGGUAUGCAGCAUGGCAUGGGACAAAGUCAACUUAACCAAGGAAAUCAAGUGAAUCGUCAUUUAAACCAAAUGUCUAGCACUGCCAACAGUGCAUUGUUUAACGCUGCACAAGCUUCACCAAAUAAUCAGAUGAUGUCAAGUAUGUCAGCCAUGAUGCCAUCACAACCACUUGUGCCUCGUGUGCAGUUUGGUUUAUCGGGUGGCAACCGGACCCUUGGUUCCCAAAAUCUGAACGACCAAGUGUUCAACAUGGGUGGAGCUAAUCCUACUAACAUGAUGCCUAUACAACAGCUGCAGCAACAUGGUUCACAAGGUGCUUUUGGGAACAUGCAACAAAAUACACAGAAUCUACAACCUACUAUGGUACCCAUGCAGAACUCCCAACAGAACUUUCAACAAAGACAAAACCAACAGUGAUCGUAUAUUAACUGAAAACUUUUGGUCCUUCGCUAAAGUUAUGUAAGGUUUUCUACAGUUUGCAAAUGUGUAGUGUUGAUUGUAAUUGACAAUACUCAUAGCCUAAUACAAUCUCGUUGAACUUCUAGACAUAA